AUGACCUUUUUAAGAGAAAAACAUAUCCAAUAUGUCAAGGAUCUUGAUUCCAAAUAUACAAAGGAAACACUUGAGUAUUGGUUAUCUGAGCAUCUUAGAAUGAAUGGACUUUAUUGGGGUGUCACAGCAUUAUCAACCAUGGGAGUUUUAGAAGAAACUCUCCCAAAAGAUGAAGUAUGUGCAUUUGUAGAUUCAUGUUGGGACUCAGAAUAUGGAGGGUUUGGUGCUUAUCCCGGACACGACGCACAUUUAUUAUCAACCCUUUCUGCCAUCCAAAUUUAUUCCAUUUAUGGUGAAAUAGAUGCAUUGAAGGCAUCUAAAGGUCCACAACUUGUAAAAUUCUUGAGAGGACUUCAAAUACUUCCAACUGGUUCAUUCCAAGGUGAUCGGUUUGGUGAAGUGGAUACCCGGUUCGUAUAUGCAGCACUUUCCGGGUUAUCAAUAUUAGGACAAUUAACCCAAGAAGUGGUAAAUCCUGCAGUAUCAUUCAUUCUUAAAUGUCAAAAUUUCGAUGGAGGGUUUGGAAUGGUUCCUGGAGGUGAAAGUCAUGCUGCUCAAGUAUUUACAUGUUUGGGUGCGUUGGCAAUUGCAGAUGCAUUGCCCCAAUUAUCAAAAGAUCGUAAGGAUCAAUUAUGUUCAUGGUUAAGUGAAAGACAAGUAUUACCACUGGGAGGUCUUAAUGGUAGACCGGAAAAACUCCCAGAUGUAUGUUAUAGUUGGUGGGUAGUAUCCCUGUUGGCAAUUUUAGGUAAAUUACAUUGGAUUGAUGCAAUUAAAUUAAAACAAUUCAUCUUACAGUGCCAAGAUAUUGAUGCAGGAGGAUUCAGUGAUAGACCAGACAACCAAACUGAUGUAUAUCAUACAUGUUUUGGAAUUACUGGGCUUAGUUUAUUAUCUAGUGUCUUACCAUCAACUCACCAUGAAGAAGAACACCGAUUUGUGGCUAUAGACCCUGUGUAUUGUAUGCCGACUGCAUGCACGGCUAAAUUCAAGCCAUACAAGUUUAAUCUGGAUCAAUUAUAA